AUGACCUGCAAGAGAAGAAACAACGGACGCAACAAGCACGGCCGUGGCCACAACAAGUUUGUUCGCUGCAUCAACUGCUCCCGCUGUGUUCCUAAGGAUAAGGCUAUCAAGCGCUUCAACGUCCGUAACAUGGUCGAGGCUGCUGCCGUCCGCGAUCUUCAGGAGGCUUCCGUCUACGAGGAAUACACCAUUCCCAAGCUUUACGUCAAGCUUCACUACUGCGUCUCCUGCGCCAUUCACGCUCGUGUUGUUCGUGUUCGCUCUGUUGUCGAUCGUCGCAACCGUGCCCCUCCCCCACGCUUCCGUUUCGCCAAGGUGAGUUGA